AUUUGUGUGAGGGCUGUGAUACUGCUCGGGUGCCCAAACCGAAGCAGGUGGUUUUCUUAGGGAAGCCACACCCCGAACCUUCGACCUAAAGGUCUAAUCCACAAGGCAGUGGAGCAUCGUAAGGAGAUGCUGUCCCAUGGUAGCCAGUGACCAACGAUUGGUUCAUACGCCAUUUGUUCCUUCAGGAUACUGGAGCCAGCUCAUGUGCACCAUUGGUUUAGGAUCCGGUUAAAUCGCCAGACAUUCCUCUCAUUUUCGUAAACAACAGUAAUGCCACGAGAAGGCAGUAAGUAGGACUUCCCUGGCAGAGGCUAUAUACGCGUGACCAUGUGAGAGCAUUUCGAGAGAUAGAGAGCGGACUCUCCCCACUCUCGGCCAUACCAGGGCAUUUGAGGGCUGACGUAGAAGCGACUCAUUAAGAAAUAGUUCAAUAUAAUUUACUAUUUUAUUUGAUAAAUGUUGACAUACGGAAACGUAAAUAAUCAGAACUCUUGAACUUUCUCUGCAUUUUCUGUUAGUGUUAUUCCUACUCUAUUUCUUUUACUCUACUUUCCAUUCUUUCAAAUGGUUGCUCAAUCGGCAUUUGUUAACUUGAUGCAGUUAGUCGUGUAGCUAAGUAGGUAGGAAGCCAUGUCUCUGAUUAGUUGGAAUUCAGUAUUAAAAAGAAAAAACAUCUCAUAUUUCAACAACAACAAAACAUUAGUCAUUGAAUGUGUAUGUAUCCAUUUGCAGUGCAAAAAAAAACUUAAAUUUGUCGUUGGAGGAACUAAAAAGAUAUGUAACACUUUACUUAGACUUAUUUCAGAUGACUAAUUACUGUGCAAACGUUGUGUGUAUUAAUGAGAGAAUAAAUUUCUGUAAUAAUAUGACUGAUUUAAUAAUCAUAGAUUUGUAUGUAUAUUCCAAUGAUAGUAUACUGUAAAGAAGCUAUGUGAUGAGAAUUCAAUUUGUACAAUUAACAUGAAUCCUAUCAAUAUUAUUGAUGAGUGUCAAUUAAUAAGAAACUUAGGAUAUUCACAAGUUUCUAUUGAUAAGUCUAGUGUUCAUAUUGUAACAUGGUGAAUAAUGUUCAUUUAGUGGUUAAAAGUAUGACAAACAUGGUGAAUAAUGUUCAUUUAGUGGUUAAAAGUAUGACAAACAUGGUGAAUAAUGUUCAUUUAGUGGUUAAAAGUAUGACAAACAUGGUGAAUAAUGUUCAUUUAGUGGUUAAAAGUAUGACAAACAUGGUGAAUAAUGUUCAUUUAGUGGUUAAAAGUAUGACAAACAUGGUGAAUAAUGUUCAUUUAGUGGUUAAAAGUAUGACAAACAUGGUGAAUAAUGUUCAUUUAGUGGUUAAAAGUAUGACAAACAUGGUGAAUAAUGUUCAUUUAGUGGUUAAAAGUAUGACAAACAUGGUGAAUAAUGUUCAUUUAGUGGUUAAAAGUAUGACAAACAUGGUGAAUAAUGUUCAUUUAGUGGUUAAAAGUAUGACAAACAUGGUGAAUAAUGUUCAUUUAGUGGUUAAAAGUAUGACAAACAUGGUGAAUAAUGUUCAUUUAGUGGUUAAAAGUAUGACAAACAUGGUGAAUAAUGUUCAUUUAGUGGUUAAAAGUAUGACAAACAUGGUGAAUAAUGUUCAUUUAGUGGUUAAAAGUAUGACAAACAUGGUGAAUAAUGUUCAUUUAGUGGUUAAAAGUAUGACAAACAUGGUGAAUAAUGUUCAUUUAGUGGUUAAAAGUAUGACAAACAUGGUGAAUAAUGUUCAUUUAGUGGUUAAAAGUAUGACAAACAUGGUGAAUAAUGUUCAUUUAGUGGUUAAAAGUAUGACAAACAUGGUGAAUAAUGUUCAUUUAGUGGUUAAAAGUAUGACAAACAUGGUGAAUAAUGUUCAUUUAGUGGUUAAAAGUAUGACAAACAUGGUGAAUAAUGUUCAUUUAGUGGUUAAAAGUAUGACAAACAUGGUGAAUAAUGUUCAUUUAGUGGUUAAAAGUAUGACAAACAUAAUAGGUGCUGUUAUUCAAUAAUCAAUAGAUUACAUAAAACACUGAACAUGAAAUAGUAAUAUUUAAAGUGUUCAUUUAAAUAGGAAUAUACUAGUUGUACUCUAAAAACUGGAAAUUAAAAUAUUUAAAGAUUUUGAAAGAGAAUUAUAGGUUGGUUAAAUGAACUGUUUCAAUUGCAAAAAAAACAUCUUAUGGAACAAUAUGGAUAACUUUUUGAUGGAGUUUUGUUCUCUGACCUGGAUGGUUUGGUCGUAUAGCUUUCAUCGUUUUUCUGAACGACAUCAUUCGCAGCACAAACUUCA